AACAAUAUCACUUGUUUUGAUAGGAUAUGGGGAAAUGAGAAGAACCAUAAUCAUUGUUAGUGUAGUUCUUUCUGUGGUUCUAGUCAUGCUUGCAUCAUUUGUAGGUUUUCUCUAUACACUAAAGAGAAGAAGAUCAAUAGUACAAGAAAAAAUAAAAUUUGAAGAUGGAGAAGAUCAACAACAUGUUAAAUCCCAAGAGUUCCCUUCAAUGUCAUUGGAUUUGAUAAUUACUGCCACACAAGGUUUCUUAGAAGUAAACAAGCUUGGAGAAGGAGGAUUUGGUCCUGUAUACAAGGGUACACUAGACGAUGGAAAAGAAAUUGCAGUUAAGAGGCUCUCAAGAAGCUCAUAUCAAGGACUACAAGAGUUGAAGAACGAAGUCAUGUUGAUUGCAAGACUACAACAUCGUAAUCUUGUUAGACUUUUGGGUUGUUGCCUGGAAGGAAAUGAAUCUAUUCUCGUCUAUGAGUACAUGCCAAACAAAAGCUUAGAUUUUUUCCUCUUUGAUGCAACUCGAGCUCCUAAACUAGAUUGGAAUAGACGUUUUAGUAUCAUUGAUGGGAUAGCUCGUGGGCUUCUUUACCUACAUGAGGAUUCUCGACUAAGGAUCAUACAUAGAGAUCUGAAAGCUAGUAAUAUAUUGCUUGAUCAUGAAUUGAAUCCAAAGAUAUCUGAUUUCGGAAUGGCAAGGAUUGUUGGCAUUAAUCAAAGUGGAGCAAAUACAAACCGAGUUGUUGGAACAUAUGGAUACAUGGCACCCGAAUAUGCUUUGAACGGAUUAUUUUCAGUUAAAUCUGAUGUUUUCAGUUUUGGAGUUCUUCUUCUAGAGAUAGUAAGCGGGAAAAAGAACUGGAGUUUUGAUAGCUCGGGAAAGAACCUUAUUAUAUUCGCAUGGGAAGAAUGGAAGAAUUGUAAUGAAUUGGAACUGGUGGAUCCUUCACUAAUGGAAACUUGUGUCCCAUCUGAAGUGUUGAAAUGUAUACAAAUCGGAUUGCUUUGCGUGCAAGAAGAUCCAAUCGACAGACCCACAAUGUCAAGUGUCGUUGUUAUGUUGCGAAGUAGUACAACGAAGCUUCCACGACCAAGACAACCGGCGUUCAUGCUCAAUCGACAUGCUCCAAGGUCACCACAAUCACAAGAUGUGAAAGUCUUUUCAAAUAAUGUGACAACAUUUUCGAAUGUAGCUCCCCGAUGAAUUAUAAUUCUUGAGAUCAUAAUUCUCACUUAUCCUGAAAAAAUAUAUGUACAAAUAUAUUUUGUAUUUGAAAAAUAAACGGAUACUAGAUUAGAUUUAGAUUCAUUUCAAGUUUUUUCAUGUAAAUACACCUCU